UGGAGAAUCGCUUCAUCACAAUGAGGGGGAGAGCGAAUGAUAUAAAUAUUGAGGACAUCCCUCUGAGGUCGACUCUUCGUCUCGACAUUAUUGAUCACCCCAUACAUCGAGUAUAUAACAUCCACAUCUAGCCUCCUUGCUUCCCUACUUUAUCCUCUUCAAGAUGGCCCGACUUCCUCCUGCCGAGAAGCUUCCGCUUGCUGUUCGCAAGAACGUCCGCGAUGAAUGGGACAACAACAAGGCCGACAUAGAGAAGCAGCUCUCCGACCUCUUAGGCGAGGCAUGGACCUUCGAGGUCAACCCCAACGCUAUCUGGCCCUACCACAACGACGGCUACGCCAAGGAUUCGCUCGGCAGCUGCAUCAAGGCCUACUUCGACGGCGCCAUCUACCAGAUCAAGUACCUAAUCGGCUCGCGCGGCGACUCUCUCAAGGCCGAGAUCAACACCAUCUGCAGCGCGCACGUCCUAUCCAUGGACGUCGACGACUCGGAGCCCAAGCGCUUCUCGUACGGCGGGUGCGACGUGGCGGACGGCAAGCUGCGCCUGCUGUUCCGCCCGGACGCCCUCGGCACCAACAUCGACUACGCCUGCCAGGGGGACCAGCUGUUCCCGGCGCUGAACGCGGCGCCCGGGCCAGAGGGGCAGGCGCUCAGCUUCCUGGCCCGCAUGGCCGUGCGCCAGGACUACGACGGCAAGAUCGAGGACUGCCGGAAGCAGGUCGCCGACAUGACGGGGAACGCGGACUUCAAGCUGGAUGCCAAGUUUGAGGACGUGUUUGCCAAGCUCCAGGAUGCCAGCAAGGUUGCCAGCGGAGGGGUCCGCGAGGGCUGGCAGGAGAGGCUGGGGAGUGUUGCGCUGGGCUACUUUGAGGCGCUGGCGUACCGGAUGAAGUAUCUGAAGGUCGCUGAGGACGAGAUGGUGAGGGAGGGGUUCAACGAGGCCGUGGAGAAGGGUGAGGCGGCCUUGCGCAUUGUGGACAAGCUCACGUAUGACUCGUAUUGCGAGUGUGUGAUCGAGGACGGGGUUCUCUAUCUGCAGACCACGCCCCAGAACUUUGGCACCAACAUCGACAAUGCUGCCCAGAACUUGAUGGACCUGCUGUAGAGGUCGACAGCCUAUACACACACAUGCUGACAUGGGCGGCAUGGCGGUUUGACCCGGCCGGUUACCCGUUAUAAAAGAUUAGAUGGACUUCA